UAUAAGAGAAGCAACUAAUGACAGAAAUCCUAGUCAUCAUCUGAUAGAAACAAAUCUAUAAACCAAUGAGGAGACUCGCCGCCAGUACUAUGCCAAGUAUGGGUUUUAAGAGCUUUCUUUUGGUGUUCAUCACAGCUUUUAUUGGGGUUACUCUGAAUCAGAACAUGUACUUUGAAGGAUUAUAUUUGGCUUCCUCAUCAAUUGCAAGUGCAACAUACAACUUGAUCCCUGCUGUCACCUUUAUGACUGCACAGUUGGAGCAAGUGAACUUAAGGACACUAAGCAGUGCAGCAAAGAUACUAGGAACGACCUUCUGCGUGGCAGGAGCAAUUUCUAUGGCGUUGUUGAGAGGUCCUAAGCUACUUAAUACUCAACUUCCACCACUCAAUUCUGCAUUGCUGCAUUUGUAUGCGGUUGACAAUGCCUGGUUGUUGGGCGUUCUAUGUCUCCUUGCUAGUAGUUGUUGCUGGUCCUUUUGGCUCAUUUUGCAGGUGCCUGUUAAUGCGCGUUACCCUGAUCACAUAUCUCUUUCAGCAUGGAUGUGUUUCCUAUCAAUGCUGCAAACUGGUGCCGUUGCCUUGUUCUUAGAGCCUGAUCCUGUUUCUUGGAAUUUAAGUUCAGGACUUGAACUCACUUGUUGCAUUUUCUCGGGUGUUAUGGGAUCAGGGGUACAAUUCUUCAUUCAAUCCUGGUGUAUCUCGCGUAGAGGUCCAUUUUACUCUGCUAUGUUUACUCCUCUAGCCACUGUCAUAACUACAGUUCUAGCCUGUAUUUUUCUCCACGAAGAAAUCUACCUUGGCAGUUUACUAGGUGCUAUUGCUGUGAUCAUUGGCUUAUACGUCGUGUUGUGGGGCAAAUCUGAAGAGCUAAGGGAAAAUCUGGUUCUUACAUCAGAAAAAUGUCCAACUAUAAUAGCCCAAGAAAAGAUAGGUGGUAAAAUUGAUUUGGAGCAACCACUUUUGACAGCUGAUAAUAAUACUACUACUGACAAGGUUUAUGUUAGUUGAUUGUAGAGUUGUAAAAUCACAUUCAAUUUUGUGAUCAAAAUUGUAAUAGCUAGGUGGUGUUCAUUAGUACAUAUCUCCAUAGAAUGUAUGUGUAAUGGAUGCAUUUUGGUAGUGUAUUAUUAGUCAAUUAAUUUUGCUAAGUUCGGAUAUCUUUGUUACAGUAUAAUUUUUGAACAUAUAGCAUUCAGGCAUGCUGUGCUUAAAACACACUUGUGCUUUCAUGCUACAGGUCCGGCUCAUAACUCUUAUCAAUGUAGCAAAGUUAAGUGGUUACUCGCCACUUCUUAGUUCACAAUACAGUUACAGGUUAAACUUUCGAAACAGUAGCUCAUAACUCUAUCAAUGUAGCAAAGUUAAGUGGUUCUCGCCACUUCUUUGGACACAAUACAGUUAUACAGGUAAAACUUUCGAAACAGUAUCAGCAGUUAUCAAGAACGAGAUAAAUCAAAUAGAGUAUAAACAAUGAGCUAUGAACACGCCAAAUGAGAAGCUCUGUCAUAGUAUAGAACAAAGUGAUCAAUAUACACAGCAACAUGACUAACAUAUAAACCGUAUGUCCAUAUACACUACUACUAGUGUAUGAAAAUAAUAGACAAACACAAGCUAUGCAGAGAUUAAAAAAAAAAAAAUUUGAACCAGA